AUGAGGGUCGCGGAUGAGGCAACGCUGGCGGCGGAGGAGGAGGAGGAGUUGGCGGCGGCGCUCGAGGAGAGCGCGAGGCUGGAGGAGGGGAGGCGGGCGGCGGUGGAGAAGCCGCCAGAGCCGCCGGGGGAGAAGGAGCCGCCGACCGACUUCGUCUGCCCUAUCACGACCGAGAUCAUGAGCGACCCGGUGAUGGCGGCCGAUGGGCACGCGUAUGAGCGGUAUGCGAUCGAGCGCUGGCUCGCGACCAAGUCGACCAGCCCGAUGACGGGCGAAGAGCUUGGCAACACAGGUCUCUUCCCCAGUCACAUUCUGCGCAGGAUGAUUCGAGAGUGGCAGCGGGCGCAGCCUCCAGGUCAGGUUGAAUGA